UUUUGUGCUUGGUUUCUGUCUGCAAUUGUCGAUCUUUUCCAAACUUCUCUAAAAUCCACUUUUAAUCGAAAUAUUUCACUGUUACAAUCCCACCCGACACCUUGAUCUUGAAUAAAAGCACUUUCAUUUAGUGAAUAGUGUAGUAUUUUUUUCAUGUUUGGGUUAUCACGAAUUGAAUUGAUUUACUGACUAUUCGUUCUCCUUUCUUCCUUGUGGUUGUUUUGAUUUGUUGGUUUUGGUGUCUGGUUGCUAGUGGGUGGUGGUGGUAGAGAUUAUUAUGGUUAUGGCUGAUAUUGAGGCUGGGAAUGGUCAUAACGAGGUCAAGUCACCAUGGAAGACUGCCGUAAUUGACGGGGAGAAAGUGGUUGAUGCAACUGUUAUGGGUACCCAAUCUUGGCCUGAUCUUAGUGGUACACAAGAAACACCUGAAAAUCCUCAGGUUGCUGCUGAUGAGUGUGCUCCAGCAGCUCCACACCCAUCAAUAGAGCAGAGAGGAGCUGGGCAACCAAAACCGAAUGGAUUUGGAAACAACAAUUCUUCGUAUAAGCAUUCACCAGCACGCCAUCAGAAGUCAGACUCUAAACGCAACCCUAAUACUGGACCUCGUUUUCCCAUACCUUUACCUUAUUAUCAACAACUGGUGCCAACUGUUUUCCAUCCUAUGGUACCUCCACCACACAUUGCAGUUCCUGGACCUGGGUAUGCUUACCACCCUGUCCCUGGACCUUUUCCUGGUGUUGAGCCUCAGUUAGUAAAAUCUGGACCUGAGACAACAAUGCCAGCCUUUGGUUCUCCAGCCCAAGGUCUUGAUGCCAGCAGAAAAAUGCAGCUUCCUCCCCGAGGAGAUGCCAAUGCUCAUCCUGCCAACUUCUCUAAUAGAAGACCCAACAUGCAAGAACCUGGUGGCCAUUUUAAUCCAGGUUGGAACCAUCAACGGGCCUUUAAUCCUAGAGAACCCAUUCCCAUGCAGCCGGGCGGAGGACCAAGAUCUUUCGCUAGACCUCCAUUCUUUGGUCCAGCUCCAGGGUUCAUGAUUGGUCCUGGUUACCCCGGAGCUGUAUGCUAUGUGCCUAUUGCUCCUCCAGGCUCUAUAAGGGGACCCCAUCCUCCACGCUUUGUUCCGUACCCUAUAAAUCCAGAGACUAAUGUUCUCCCUCCAGAGAUGGUAACUUUGAGAGUUAAUAUAGUGAAACAGAUUGAGUAUUAUUUCAGUGAUGAGAAUCUUCAACAUGACCGUUACCUAAUUUCCUUGAUGGAUGAUCAAGGAUGGGUUCCAAUAUCCACAAUUGCAGACUUCAAAAGGGUUAAGCGAAUGAGUACAGACGUACAAUUUAUCAUGGAUGCGCUUCAGAGUUCUAGUACUGUAGAAGUGCAGGGCGACAUGAUACGAAGCCGUGAUGAAUGGUCCAAGUGGAUCUCGACUAGUUCAACGACAACAGUGUCAUCUGAAGCUGAGGCUGCUCAGUACCAACCAAAAGAGAAUACUGAUUCCUGCGGAAAUGGUAGUGUGAAUGAAGAUAAUUCAAGGGACACGUGUGAAGAAAAUGUUAAAUCACCUGAGGGAAAUCCUGCAGAAGUAAUGUAUAAAAUUAACAGAAAACAUGCAGCUGUGCAAGUGCAAUUAGAUGGUGAGAAACGAGCAUUUUCUGGUGGAAACGGUAACUUGAACAGGAAAUUAACUGUUGAUUUCCUCAUUAAAUUCUCAGAUAUUGAACAGUCACAAGGAAUUCACCCCAUAAGGUUCAAUGACUGCAAAACUGAAAGUGUGGAAUUAUCAUCAGAUGUAACAAUACAGAAUGUUUCUGACCUGUCAAAUGAUUUCGCACAUACAUUUAUGCUGGAUGAAGAGCUAGAGCUUGAGCAAAAAACUUCAAAAACUCUUCCAGCAUUUAACAGAACUAAUGAUGAAGAGGAUGAGAUGGUCAAUGAUCAAGAUGUUCAAAGACUAGUGAUUGUUACCCAGAAUACUGGGACAGCUGAAGGAUCAAAAGCUGGUGCAAAGGACUCAAAGUCCAUAUCCAGUGAGCUUGCUGCUAUGAUAAAUGAUGGCCUUUACUUCUAUGAACAGGAGCUAAAAACUAAGCGAUCUAGUCGUAGAAAGAAUAAUUCUACUUAUGAGAAUAAAGACGAGAAUCCAAGGUCUCCAAGGGGUGCAUUGGGAGUAUCAAAUCUUAAGACAAUAAUAAAUGCUUCUGGGAGCAGUACUCUUGAAGAGUCUGGAGGGUCGAGUUUGCGAAGGAAGCAAAAUAAAGGCUUCUCCAAGCAACAAUCAUUCCAUAAGCAGAGAUUUUUCUCCAGCAAUAUAAAGAAUCAUGGAACCAGUCGCAGUUCCAUUGCAAUAAUAUCAGAAAGUCCACCAAGUAAUUCAGUUGGGUAUUUCUUUGGUUCUACUCCUCCAGAUAGUCAUGGUCCUAGGCAUCCUUCAAAGUUGAGCUGUUCGCCUCAUGGGACUCUUUCAAGCAGUCCACCAGUCGGUUCCUUGCCAAAGUCAUUCCCACCUUUUCAGCAUCCAAGUCAUCAACUAUUAGAAGAAAAUGGUUUUAAACAACAAAAGUACCUAAAGUUUCACAAGCGCUGCCUGAGUGACAGGAAGAAGUUGGGAAUUGGUUGCAGUGAGGAAAUGAAUUCACUGUACAGAUUUUGGUCAUAUUUCCUUAGGGACAUAUUCGUCCCUUCCAUUUAUAAUGAGUUCCGUAAACUCGCUCUUGAAGAUGCGACCGCUAAUUACAAUUAUGGGGUGGAGUGUCUUUUCAGAUUUUAUAGUUACGGUUUGGAGAAGAAAUAUACUGAUGAUCUUUAUAAGGAUUUUGAGCAACUUACCCUUGAUUUCUAUCAUAAAGGAAAUCUUUAUGGCCUCGAAAAAUACUGGGCAUUCCAUCACUUCAGAGACCAGAAAGAACCUAUAAAGAAACAUCCCGAACUGGAUAGGUUACUGAGGGAAGAAUAUCAGCGGUUGGAGGACUUCCGUGCCAAAGAGAAGCAUACUAGCACGAGAGAAGACCGUCAUUAACCGAUUGAUGUCCUUGCUCCCUAGUGUCACUGCACCCCAAUUUUGACGAUCGUCCCUGAUGACCGCAUCAGAGAGGCAGGAAGGAUUUCAUGGUCUAUAAAACUACCAUUUGGUUUUCGAAUGCCGAGGAAAGAUGGGUUUUGUCUAUUGUACAUUGGAGGAGGUCGUACUUUUGGUCGCCGUUGUUGUGGCUGCCGAUUCCCAAGGCUAUCCAUUUUUGUUUUUGCGAUAUUCAUGUAGGCUUUGUGGCUCGAGGGCAUAUAUAUAUAUUUUCUGGAGUGAUCUGCAAGCUUGCGGAGAUGCCAUGGAAUGCCUGUGUUUGUCUUUGAUCAUUAACUUCCUCCUCGACAUUGUUGUACAUAAGGGAAACUGAACAACUUUCAAGUUUUAGGUUGUAGAAACUUUUUGUGAAAAUUGGACAAUAAGACAUCUAAUUUCUAA